UUUUUUAUAUUUCUGCCGCUUCUGCCGCCGCCGCCAGUGCCGCCGCCGCUGUGCCCGUGCCCCGGAGAUGUCCUUCCCCCAGCUGGGCUACCCGCAGUAUCUCAGCGCCAGCCAGGCGGUGUACGGGAGCGACCGGCCCGGGGUGCUGGCCGCAGCUGCCGCAGCUGCCGCCGCCGCCGCUGCCGCCUCGGGCCGGCCGACGGGCGCGGACCUGGGCAGCGGCUCGGCCGCUGUCACCUCAGUGCUGGGCAUGUACGCCAGCCCCUACAGCGCCCCCAACUACAGCGCCUUCCUGCCCUACACCGCCGACCUCGGCCUCUUCUCCCAAAUGGGCUCCCAGUACGAACUGAAAGAUAAUCCGGGUGUCCACCCUGCUACCUUUGCUGCCCACACUGCCCCCGGCUAUUAUCCCUACGGACAAUUCCAGUACGGGGACCCGGGGCGGCCCAAAAACGCCACGCGGGAGAGCACCAGCACUCUCAAGGCCUGGCUCAACGAGCACCGCAAGAACCCCUACCCAACUAAGGGCGAGAAGAUCAUGUUGGCCAUCAUCACCAAGAUGACUCUCACUCAGGUCUCCACCUGGUUCGCCAACGCCCGCCGGCGGCUCAAAAAAGAGAACAAGGUGACCUGGGGUUCCAGGAGUAAGGACCAAGAAGAUGCAAACCUCUUCGGGAGUGACAAUGAGGGGGAUCCCGAGAAGAAUGAAGACGAUGAAGAAAUCGACCUGGAGAGCAUAGACAUAGACAAAAUUGAUGAGAAUGAUGGGGAGCAGAGCAACGAGGAAGAGGAAGAGAAGCUUUUGAGACAAAGCAGCGAAGAGGAACACUUGGAAAAGGAAAAGGAUUUGGCACUGUCAGGUUCUGAAGGGCUGAAACCCAAAGACGCGCUGGCCAUGGUGAAGGAGGUCUCUGACAACAGCACGCGAAUUAUCAGUCCCGGGGGACAGAACAAUUUACAGAUGCCAUCUCACAGCAAACCCAAGAUUUGGUCUUUGGCAGAGACAGCAACUAGUCCCGAUGGUGCCCUGAAAUCUUCUCCCCCUCCACCCCCUCCUCCCCAGGUGAACCACACUUCACAAAUCCAGCACCCUGCCUUUCUCCCUAGCCAUGGACUCUACACAUGCCAGAUUGGUAAAUUUCACAACUGGACAAAUGGGGCUUUCCUCACUCAGAGUUCCCUGCUAAAUGUGAGGUCCUUUUUGGGAGUAAAUCACCACCACGCUGCUCAUCACAAUCACCACCUCCAGGCCCAGCAGCAACCUUCUGUUUUAACAGCGGCCCUGGGAGCCCUAAGCAGUGAAAAGCCUUCAGAGAGGACCAGUCCCAAACACAUAGAAAGAGAAAACGUACCAAGAACUGAAUCCCCACCUCAGCAGCUAAAAUCGCCCUUCCAGCCUGUCCGUGACAAUUCUUUGGCUCAGCAAGAGGGAACACCGAGAAUUUUAACAGCUCUCCCUUCCGCUUGAUUAAAUGGUUUGGUGACAAAAUAUUACAGAGACUGGUAUUAAGG